AAACAAACGCCGCAGCCCCCGGGACACCACCACGCAGGCAGGCACAGGAGACAAAGGCAGCGCGGGGCGCAAAGGGGGGCAAAGCAAAAGAGACAACAGGGACAGCAGCGGAACCACGACCACACCAGCGCGCCCGGCGCCCCGGGCGCCCCGACGGACCGCGCGGAGCGCCGCACAGGAAGGAAAACGGCCACCGGCACCCGGGACCCCAGCCCCGCCAGCGGGGGGAAGGCCGGCCGGCCGACGCGCGCGGCACGCAGCACGACAGCAAGCAACGCCGCCCGGGCGGCGGGCACCGGCCCACCGGCCCGCAAAAGAGCGGCGAGCACCCCGAGGCGGAAAAAACCCGGACGAAACCCGGACAACCCGAAGAACGGCAGACCAAGCGCGAACCGACCCGGGCGGGCAAAAGGGCGGGAACGCGCGGGAGCGGCACAACGGAAGCAGCAGCGCGCGGCGAAGAACCGCGAGGAAACGGGGCAAGCCGGAGGCCGCGCAAACCACAGGACCGAAACAGCACGCCGCAAAAGGACAAAGGACCGGCGCCGCGCCGCCGAGGCGGGGAACCGCAACAGCCGCAGCCGCCGGGACCGCAGCGCGGCCGGCGACACCAGCAAGCACGCCAGCCGCCGCACCCGGCGGGAAACCACCGGCAACAGCACCGGCACGGCCCGCGCGGGGGGCACGGCAGACCGCGCGGACAGAAACCAGGGCAGCGACAGCAAGAACGGCAAAGCCCGCACCGCGCCGCGACCCCAAGGGGGCCCGCAAGGCGCAGGGCGCGGCCCCCGCCGCGGCAGGCGCGACCGGCGGCCCCGGGGGCACAGAAGCCGCCGGCAGGGACGGCAAGGCCACGGCGGGGCCGACGACAGCCAGCGGCGCAGCGCCACCAAGGCCAGCGCCACGGCGACCCACGCCAGCCGGACAAACGGCAGCACGGAAAGAAAAGCCGGGCGCCAACGGAACGGCCGGAAACGCAACGGCGAGAAAGCGGAAAGAAGAAGAAGGGGACAAAAAAAGCGCACCACACCGAGCCAGAACGGCACCCGCAACAGAGACGGCGGCCCAGGGCAAACCGCCCCGCACAGCCGGAACCGAGGCAGCAGAGGGGACCAAACCCGCGCCGACAACAGAGACAGCAAACAGAGCACAAAGACAGCCGGCGGCCACCGCAAAAACAGCGCCCGGCGACGGCCAGCCCGCGCGCCCACGGCGGCCGAAACCCGCAGCCACGCCGGCAGCACCGCCCGGCGGGACGAGGGCAACAGCCGCCGCGAGGGGGCACCGGCAAAAAGCCGCAACAAACGGCAAGAGAGCCAGAACGCCGCCGCCCGGCGACGCACCCACACCCGAAGCCGGGAACACAGGACACCCGGCCGCAGCAAGCGCCACGGGCGCCCCAGCCCCCAGAGAAGGCAGGACAAGAGCCGCCGGAGGACGGACAAAGCCCGCCAGAACCGGGCCCCAGCCGACCGGACGGACCGCCGCCACAGACACGCGCCCACGCGCGCCCGCCGCGCGGCCACGGCCAACCGCCGGGCCCGCCCCACGCGGACCAACCGCAAGGCGGGGGGCGACAGAGCCGGCGCCGGGGCGGCACCCAGCCGCGGGAACGCACGACCCCAAGCCAGCAGAGAGGCGGCCGCCCGCACAGCAGGCAAAACAGCACGCAAAACCCAGCGGGGCAACACGGCAG